AUGGCGGAUAUUCAGGAGCGUCUCAAGAAGCUUGGUGCCCAGAGCGCCCGCAGCGGUGGCAAGGGAACUCCCCGUCGUCCUGCCAAGCGCGGUCCUGCCCGCUCCGGCGCUGAUGAUAAGAAGCUCCUCCAGACCCUGAAGAAGCUCAACACCCAGCCUAUUCAGGGCAUUGAGGAGGUCAACAUGUUCAAGGAGGACGGCAACGUCAUCCACUUCAAGGCCCCCAAGGUCAACGCCUCGGUCCCCUCCAACACCUUUGCCAUCUACGGCAACGGCGAGGACAAGGAGCUCACCGACCUUGUCCCCGGUAUCCUCAACCAGCUCGGCCCCGACUCCCUGGCCUCGCUCCGCAAGCUCGCCGAGAGCUACCAGGCCAUGUCGAAGGCCGAGGGCGGCGAGGGCGAUGACGACGACGAGAUCCCCGACCUCGUCGAGGGCGAAAACUUUGAGAGCAAGGUCGAGUAA